CCAGAGAUUUGACUAAGUAUUAUACCUAGUUUAUUGUCUAUAAAUUAUUUACAAAAAUGUGCAUUCUGUUACGAUUACGAGAACAUCGCUAGGAACGUUAAAAUGAUUUUCGGUUCGAUGUCGAUGAAAUUUUACGCGAUUUUUCCUAUUUUUAUAAUAAUAUGUUUGACUCACACAAACGGAUAUACCUGUAAAAAUGGAACAGCCGACUACGUUGAAACCCUCAGAUGCCGGUUAUUUACGAAUUACAGUUCAUCUAUAUCCGCAAAAACUUCCCAAAAUUACCCUCAAGGACUCGACUUGGGAAUUUUUUACGCUGACGUAGAUGUUUCAGGAAUAUUGCAGCUGAUUGGAAACGCCAGAGCAACUUGGCGAGAUGAUCAACUAACCUGGAAACCGAAUAAAGAUCAUAUUAUCGAAGCUCUAGACAUUCGGAAUCAAUUCGAUCAAAUAUGGAAACCUGAUUUUAUACUGAUUAACAAUGUAUUUCGAGAGAAUAAAACGUUGCUGGGAUCUAUUGACUUUACCUGUACGGUUUUGCAUAAUGGAACAGUAACAUUCAGGACAAAGUAUAUCAGUAUCCAAGCAAAAUGCCCGAUUAAGAUAGAAAAUAGGCCAUGGUUUAAUCACACUUGUCCGCUUAAUUUUAAAACAAGCUCAUCGAAUUUCAUAUUCACGACUCAUAAUGAAGGCAAUUUGACUGGAUCAUUUUUACAGAAUGUUAAUUCAACCAUCGAAUCACCAUGGUCAGUAAAUAAAACUCGACGAGUGCAACCUACUGAUGGCAACAAUACAUCGACCAAUGAUACGAUAUUGAUCGAGGUUGAUUUGCGAAGAAACGUUAGUGUUUAUAAUUCAACAAAAUGCAUCUCAUAUCCAGUUAGUCAUGAAGAUGCACUGCGAUGUUAUUUGCAAACAAAGUUCGACUUGCUUUCACCUCCUCCUGAACUGAACCCAUCGCUUCCACCUAAUAUGACGGAUGUUCUAUCAGUGAUGGCGUUUAUGGGUAUCACAUACGUUGAUUAUAACAUCGAAGAUGGAAUCCUUUUGUUGACUGGGCAUUUUUCAGUGCAUUGGGAUGAUGCACGAGUAAUGGCCUGGGACGUAAAUAAAUUUGGAUGGCGGGCUUCGAUUAAGUUCGAACCCAAUUCAGUUUGGAAGCCGAGUUUAACAUUAAACAAUCAUUUGUUUCUAGAAGACUCGUUCAACAACGAAACAUUCGUUGGGAAUCAAUUAGUGAUAGCAUCGUGGCUCGGAUCUUUUCGGUUUCGGACGUCGAUGAAUUUGCACACGAGAUGUGACAUGAGCUCUAAUAGUUGGCCAUGGAGUGCUCAUAAGUGUAGCCUUAAUUUUACAACGAAUACAAGAGCUAUGGACCCUAAAGUGUUCCUACAGGACGAGGCAGUUGCAGACCAGUUAUCGAGAGUGAAAUCAUUAUGGAGAAUCACCAGCCACAAAACGCGACUCGAUUUUCCCAAUUUUAACCUUGAAAUUACCUUCGAAAUGAAAAGUCAAUCGUUACGGGUGGUGUCGUGUUUGACAUUUAUAUCCGUAAGUUUGAUUACCCUGCUAUCAUUCUGGAUACCUCCAAUAAGUAGCACUAAACUUGCAUCAAAAAUAUCAUCUUUACUGCUUCUGGCACUUUAUCUAGUGAUGUUGAUGAAUUCGAUACCUCAUUUUACCACAAUAGCUCCUCAUUUCAUGAUCGGAUUCGUCAUGUUAUCAUUAGUUGUGGGAAUAUCCGGAUGUAUUACUGCCUACAUAGCUCGAUUGGCAGGAAAAUCACGUUUAUAUCACCCAUCACUGAUCAUGGAUAUUACUCGUUCAAAUUCAGAACUAAGCAAAGGCGAAAAUUACGACACGAAUUCGAUACUAUCAGAAGACAUUACACACACUGGAGACGAAUACACUAUUAAAGAAUCACUGUCGAAAAAAUCACGCGACGAAUUCUUGAAGAUUGCCAUAUUGAUUGAACGUUCAUCGUUUGCAAUUUGUUUGAUGAUUGUUAUAUUUCUCACCAUAAGUUUAAUGACCUAAAAAAUAAUCUAUGCAUUAUCUAUGUGUUGAGUCGACUUGAUUAAAAUUUCACAAGUUA